CUCGAACCCUAGCUCCUCGUUGAUGUGAGCCUCCCCGGAGAUUCUCGAUCCAGCUGCCGCCACCCCGCUGCCGACGGGCGGCUCCGUUCGUCGACCAUCUCUUCCCCUCACCGGCUUUGCAUGAUGGAGGCUGCGCGGUAUCGACCUUGGUCAGAUCUCCUGCCCGAACUUCUGAGCCUUGUCCUCAAGCGUCUCCCUUCCCUAGCUGACCGUGUUCGUCUGAGGGCAGUCUGUCACCCAUGGCGCUCUAACUGUCUGCUGCAACCGCUUCCCGUCCCGUUCCCAUGGCUCACCCUCCCUGAUGGAACAUUCCUCUGUAUCCCAGGAGGCGAGGUUCACCGCAUGCCAGCUGUACCAGAUGGUGUUAGUUGCCGUGGCUCCAUCGAUAACUGGCUAUUUCUCAUGAGUAGUGAUGAUGCAUGCACAUUGAUGAACCCUUUCUCCAAGACCACUUUGGAGCUUCCUAAUCUGGUCUCAGUUUGGCAGCGUAAGGUACACUACGAAUCUGAUCCUACACAACUUCUGUACAAGUUGGUGGUGCCCUCACCCCAGGACCUAUCGCCUGAUUCCCUCAUUGUGGCAUUGAUGAUGGCCGAAGUUAAUAUUGGUACACUUUGCAUUAUCCAGCCACCGAUGGCCACUUACUCGUUACGAGACAAUAGGCAGCCAUUAUACCACCCGUAUGAUGUUGCUUUCUUUGAUGGAAAGUUGUAUGUGGUGUCUUCCACUGGUAAGCUCUUCAUCCUUGAGUUUCGCAGCAACCUUGGUAGUAUUCCAAACAUCAAAUGCGUAAUUGAGUCUUUGGGUGUUUGCCUUGGAGUACCAGAAUGCGUUUCCAGAGAGAAAGUGUGUACAUUCAGGUUGUAUCUAGUUGAAUGCGGUGGUAGACUGUUGAUGGUUCAAUGAUUUAUUCGUCACCUGGGCCCUCUCUGUAGGGAUAAUAUAUUUGAAAAUAUGCAGACUAUUGGGUUUGUUGGCGUCGAGGCAGACUUGCACUCUGAGCCUUGCCGAUGGAGAAUGAUCAGUGAGUUGGGUGGCCAUGCUCUCUUUGUUGGCAAGCAUGGCUCCAAGUCUCUGCCUGCAAGAGAAUGCAGCGGAUCCCAAGAGGAUUGCAUCUACUUCAUUUGUGACUAUGCACAUCCAAAGUUUUCUAUGAGUCCAUUUCAUGACUCUGGUGUGUACAACAUGCGGAAUGGGAGGAUCACACCAUUGAUGUCUCAGACUGCAGCACCUGCACAUGAUGCAUGCCAGUGGCGUCCGACGUGGGUUUUCCAUGCUGGAGCUGUGUGAUCAAUCCGGCAGGGUUUGCUCUACUGUUUCAGAGAUUCUCAUGUGUAUGCCUAAUUUGUUCUGCUGAAGCUCUUUGUGAUCAACCCAGCCUGGGCGCUGCUCAUCUUUAUCCUAGUGUUAUGUUAUCGUUCGACUUACCUUCGUAAUUUGUAUGUUGAUCAACCCAGCCUUGUUCUGGUUAUGUUUUUGCUAGGGCUAUCUCAUGUACCACCAAAUUUCGAACUUUUGAUUGGUAUGAU